CAUGGGCGUGUUGUCAUGGCUGCGCUGCGGGACGGCUCCGUGCUGUAAAUACUUCCCGAGCUGAAAACUCGCCAUGUCGGCGCUGGUGGCGGACCGCGACACGGAGUCACGGCCCGACACGGACUGAGCGGUCCGGACGGAGGUGCGUCUCCCCUGAUCUGUUCCCGGAAACACCCCUGGUGCCGUGCCCACGUGCCAUACCGUCGGUGCGAGCCGGUCCCGCCCCUCAUAAGCCCCAGAGGCGCAGCAGCCGGAGUGACAGUGCUGCCAGGCCCCACCCACUGCGCUCACCCCCCAGGCCAGGCCCCAGCAGAGGCAGCAUGGAAGUGGGUAUGCGUGUGGUGCGGGGCCUGGACUGGAAAUGGGGAAACCAGGAUGAUGGCGAGGGCCAUGUGGGGACUGUGGUGGAGAUAGGUCGACAAGGCAGUACUACUACACCGGACAAGACAGUGGUGGUACAAUGGGACAGUGGCACAAGGACCAACUACCGCACAGGCUACCAGGGUGCCUAUGACCUGCUGCUUUAUGAUAAUGCUCAAAUUGGCGUGCGUCACUCCAACAUCAUCUGUGACAGCUGCAAGAAGCAUGGCAUCAUGGGAAUGCGAUGGAAGUGCAAGGUGUGCUUCGACUACGACCUCUGCACCCAGUGCUACAUGAACAACAAGCACGACUUGAGCCACGCUUACGAGCGCUACGAGACGGCACACUCCCAGCCGGUAAGCUUGGCACCAAGGCAGAACCUCCCACGGAUCAUCCUCAAAGGAAUCUUCCAGGGGGUUAAAGUCGUUCGAGGACCUGACUGGGACUGGGGCAACCAAGACGGCGGGGAGGGUAAGGUUGGGAAGGUAGUGGAUAUUCGUGGCUGGGAUACAGAGUCUGGUCGCAGCGUGGCCAGUGUCACCUGGUCUAACGGCACCACCAAUGUCUACCGAAUGGGCCAUAAGGGCAAGGUAGACCUGAAAUACGUGUCUGACGGCCAAGGAGGUUUCUUUUACAAAGACCACCUACCAAAGCUCGGAGAGCACGCAGAGCUGCAGCGCCAGGAGAGUGCUGAUGGCCACUCCUUCCAGCAGGGAGACAAGGUCAAGUGUCUCUUGGAGGUGGACAUCCUUCGACAGAUGCAGGAGGGCCACGGAGGGUGGAACCCAAAAAUGGCAGAGUACAUUUGUCGGAUCGGGACUGUCCACAGAAUCACUGACCGAGGAGAUGUCAGAGUCCAGUACAGCAACAACAUCCGCUGGACUUUCCAUCCCGGGGCCCUGACCAAGGUGAACACGUUUGGAGUCGGGGAACAAGUCCGAGUGUUGGAGGACAUGGAGAGUGUGAAGAGACUGCAGGCUGGCCAUGGAGAGUGGACAGACAGCAUGGCUCCUGUGCUUGGCCAGGUCGGGAAGGUGUUGAAAGUAUAUGCUGAUGGUGACCUUCGGGUGGCAUUCGGAACUCAGACAUGGACGUUCAAUCCAGCAUGCCUCUCGGCCCAGCCUGUAGAGGUGGACGCCAACCUCAUGACGGCCGAGAACCCCAACGAAUCUGGAAGUACUGUCAUCUCAGUGUUGGAGAAGCUGCUGUCUCAGUCUACAGAGCAGGACAAUCCCAGCCGCUUGGUCAUUGAGGCAGCACAUGGCAGUGCCAACAAAGUGAGGGAAUUGGUGCAGAAAUAUCCUGACAAGGUGGAUAUAAAGAACCAGGGCAAGACUGCACUGCAGGUCGCUGCUCACCAAGGCCACAUGGAGGUGGUGAAGGCCCUGCUGCAGGCCAACAGCUCCGUCGAGGUCAAGGAUGAAGAUGGAGACACGGCAUUGCACUACACUGCCUUUGGUAAUCAGGCAGAGAUCGCUCGGUUGCUGUUGAGCAAGGGUGCAAACGUCAACCUCCUGAACAACUCCAUGUGCACGGCGCUCCACAUCGCUGUCAACAAGGGUUUCACUGAUGUGGUGCGGGUGCUGACUGAACAUUCAGCUGACGUCAAUCUCCAGGAUUCAUAUGGCGACACGCCUCUUCACGACGCCAUUGCGAAAGAUUUCCGCCAAAUCAUUGAGAUCCUGGUUUUGGUGCCCAGCAUUGACUUCACUCAGCAGAACCACAGAGGCUUCAACCUCCUGCACCAUGCUGCUCUAAAAGGAAACAAACUGGCCACAGAGAAGAUCCUCGGCAGAGCACGGCAGCUGGUGGACGUUAAGAAGGAAGAUGGCUUCUCCGCACUGCAUCUGGCCGCCCUCAACAACCACAGAGAUGUUGCUGAGAUCCUCGUCAAGGAGGGACGCUGCGACAUCAACAUCCGCAACAACCGCAACCAGACGCCACUGCAGCUGGCAGUGACACAGGGUCACACCGAGCUGGUGCAGCUUCUGGUGGCCGAGGGGGCGGACGUUAACAUGGAGGACGAGGACGGCGACACGGCCAUGCACGUUGCGCUCCUCCGCCCACAGCUGGCCAACGUUAUGCUCAGCCCCACUGUAGGAACAAGCAGCACAGAGGAGAGCAGUGAGGGCUGUUCCUCCACGUCGCUCUACUGCAGGCUGAACGCUUCAGGUCUUCUGGGGAGUACGGAGCUGAGCGUCGGGGCAGCUUUGGCCUGUUUUCUAGCACAGGAAGGGUCUGACAUCAACUAUGCCAACCACAAGGGCAAGAGUCCUCUGGAUCUUGUGGCUGACAGCACAAUGCUGCAGCUCAUCAAGAGCUUCUCAGAGAAGCACAGGUUGCAGCGUCUGCAGGCCAUCACAUCUGGACAGGGCUUGAGCAGUGCAAGCCUCCGGAGGGUCCACACUACGCCCAACACCAUGACCAACCUGGUUCUUCCCACGCCACCUGGGCCCAGCGAAUGCCUCAUCUGCUCCGAGCUGGCUCUGCUAGUUCUCUUCUGCCCCUGCCAGCACAGCGUGGCCUGUGAAGAAUGCGCCCAUCGAAUGAAGAAAUGCAUCAAAUGCCAAGUCACAAUCACAAAGAAAAUUAGACAAGACCAAACAGAGGUAGACUGCAGUCCUGGAAAUGAGAACUCAGAGCAGCACAACCUGCUGGAGCAGCUGCAGUCCCGCUACCGGCAGAUGGAGGAGCGGAUCACCUGCCCCAUCUGUAUCGACAACCAGAUCAAGCUGGUCUUCCAGUGCGGACACGCCUCCUGCAUCGACUGCAGCGCUGCGCUCAAGACCUGCCCCAUCUGCCGGCAAACCAUACGCGAGCGGAUCCAGUUGUUCGUCUGAACUCCUCUGUAGCUCUUACACGACCCAAACAGGAUGUCGUUAGGGGAUUGGAAAGAAGUAUGGGUGAGGGUUGGGCGGGGAGGGGGCAGCUGUUACCGCUUGAAGAUCCAGCGACCUGUAUCUGCCUGUCGCACCCUCCUGCUCAUGCCCACCACACGUAUUCAAAUGCACACUCUGCCCAUGAUGCUUUGCUAUGAAACGCUGUGUUACAUCUUCCACCGUUUGUUACAUUCUCUGUAGUUUCCCUCCUGAGCAGCACGGGCAGGAACAAGUCGAUCACUUAUUUUUUGCCGUCAGUACUGAUCAUCCGUCGAGCUCAACAGGAAGCAGACAAUGCGAAGCUGGGAGAAAAAGGCCCUCAGCAUCUUCUUUACCACCACCUGUAAUCUGUCCUAUCUUUGCUGCUUUAAGUGGAUGUCUGUUACCCAUCAUCCUCUCUGGCUGUCUGGCCCCUUCUGUUUACAAAGCUGCACAGAGUCAGCCCCGUGUCCGUGCCGCCUCGGCCUGUCCUGUGAAUUUGUUUGCUCUCAUUUGUAUCAAUCGCUUAAUAAUCAGUGUUAGUCUCUGCAGAGGGAGUUGGUAUAACUAAAGGCUCUCUUUAUAUUCCCCAACCACUCGCCUGUAUGCAAGGGGAAAUACACACUAUAUAUGCAUGAGUAUAUGCAUAUUGUAAAGCUGAAAAUGACUGUGUCGUCAUGGGUGAUUUGUCGUCGUUGUCGUUGUUUUUAUUUCUCUCUGGUUACAUUUGUGGUUUUUAAUGUACCGAUAAGUGCAGGUUUUUAUUUAUGUGUGUCAGGUGGUUUUACUUGGUAAUGUCCUUUUCUCAGUUGGUGUUUGCUUGGCAAAAAAUAUUAUUGUUUCUACUGAAAUUCACCCCAAGCCUAUGUCCUCUACUCAGGGUAUCAAAUUAUUGAAAGCACUUGUGAUAUCCAUGAAAGGUUAAAGACCCCCCCUCCCAACACACACACACACACACACACACAGACACACACACAAACAGUUUGUCAGAUCAUUUUGGUGGAGGGUCACUGAAGGAAAAGGUCAUUGAUAACUAACCCUAUAGGUGAUGGAAAAAAACCUUUUUAUCAACCCAUAACUAUUGUUUUCUCUCAUUAGUGAAUUGAAUGUUUGCAGAUGAGUUUCUGCAACAGAACUGCAUUCUACUUCAAAACAAUACAAAAUAAAUUACCUUAAAACAUCCCAGAAGCACCACUCAGCUCUAACUCUGUUUAAUUUUGGACAGAAAGAAUUGUGUUAGUCUGUCCGUCUGUCCGUCUGUCCGUCUCUCAGUCUGUCAGUCAGUCAUUCAGUCAGUCAGUCAUAUGACUGAUGUUGAGUCCCAUGUGAGCACCAAGCUCACCCUUUCAAGGAGGUCGCUCAAGUUUCUGUUAUUUAUCCACCAGACGUAUUGUAAGAUAGAGAAUCAGAAGGGCAAAAACAUGACACUGUUGUGUUGCAUCUGUGGUUCCUUGUUCUUAGACGAGUUAAUUCAGUAUAAACCCUGGUCCCUUCCUUUCUCCUCUGGAGUAAUGGAUUGUACAUCAUCCUCAUCCUUUCUGUCUUGGUGUGUUUUCUUGAAGGGCUUAUGCAUAUGAAAAAAAAAUGUGUAUUUUAAUCAUUUAUUUAAUUUGAAUUUUCUAUAAUGAACUCCAGCAGACAGGAGUUUUUGUAUUUUCUUUUUGGUCUUUGUUAGAUCCCAAACUUUGGGAGAGCCAAUGUUAAAGAUGUACAUUUGAAUGUCGAGGGGGAAAAAAUGUAUCCUGUCUCACUCUGCCUUUUUAUGUGUAAAAGAAAAGGUUAAGGAGAAGGAGUCAUGUGUUUACCACAAGGUUUAUUUUGAGGAAAGAACUUUUACAUCAGUGCCAAAUAGCAUGAGGAUGUGCAUGGGCAUGUACGCCCGAAUUUAUCUUAAAAAAAACCCCCUGCUAAGCUCAAGCGAGGGUUCUGUAACUCCGGCAGUGUGAAGUAAACUAAAAGCAAACUUUAAACGUCAAUGUUUUGUUACAAAACUCUGCACACCUGGUUACAGUACUGACAUUAGCGGCUGAGCUAAUGGCGUUAGCUGUUGUGCUCCCAACAUCCUCAUGCUCUCUAUGACAGGUGACCCUACGCUCACUUCCAAAAUAUGAUCAAUCCCAUAUUGUUUGCAGCUAUUUACAAGUAUAUAUAUAUCUAUAGAUAUAUAUCUAUAGAUAUAUAUAGAUAUUUAUGUUUUGUGAGACAUCAAUCGAGCAACGAGUUUCUUACAGAACUGGCACCAUUUUAAGGAUCUGUCCACUGGUGUUCUAAGAUGAUGGAUUCACAGGCAAAAGGCAAUAAUGUUUUAGAAAAAGGGGGAAAACUUUUGAGUUCUUUUUUUCCCUUCCCCUUAAAGAGGCUGCUGCAACGGCUGGAUACAAUUUAUGUAUAAACACACAAUAAAAGCAGCAAACGUUACUAUUGGUGUUUGUACAGUUCAGCUCUUGGAGUUCUGAUGUUGGCCUUACUGUCCAUUCCUCCUCUGUUGGUGUUUUUUCAGUUGUAUUCUGUACAAAAAUAUUUUGCAAUAAAUAUGGAACUGUUUUCUAAGGA